UGUAUCUCGUUCUAAUUUUAAAUAAAAAAUAGGUUUUAAUCAAUGGAAUUGAUUAGUUCAAACUGUGCCAUGGAUGCAUAUCAAUUAUUGUGUUAUGUUUGUGUUAUGUUUCGCGAUUAUGUUCGGACAAAGUGGUGAGCUUAAAGCAUCAGUGAAAGUGUGGUUAUGUUGACAGUUGAAUUGUUAGAUGUAAUGAAAUAUCAAAUCGCAUUCAUCGGGCCGACGCCUCGACGAGUGAACGUCGGAAAGAAAACGACUCGCGUAACUAUCGUUCCAGUGAAUAGCGUGCGCGUAGUCGAUCGUGACGUGCAAUGCCCAGGGCCCCGCGCGCCCCUCUACCCCUCGUAGGGCUAUGGAGACCCUCCUCGACAAGUUCAAGAGGGAGCAAGGAGGCCUACGACGUUCCAGAUCCGUCCGCGCUUCCCUACGACUGAUAGGCAACCGUUGGCGCGCGAAGGACGACGAGACAAGUGAAGAUAUAGACGGAAUCAAGGACGACGUGGUUUUGACGCAGAUCUUUAACGGAGAGAAAGACUACAGCGUCGCGUACACGGGCAUUGACGGCACGUACAAGCCGAAGACGCCCAACAUGGCGAAGCGGAAGCAGGAACCUGUGAAACUCAGGAAGAAGAGCGGCGACAUCGAUUUAACGUUGAAACCGCAGCGGCACAGGCGAGUAGACAAAACUAAAUUCAGUGAUUUGUUUAACAAGAAGACAAAAAGUGCGUCUGCAAAAGAAUUGCUGGUACCAGAUAAGAUACCGCCUAAAGCAGCGGCGAUUCUUCACAUACAACCAAUGAAGGACACAAAAGAUAAGACAAAAAAGAAGUUGAAGGGUAUGGGUAAAUCUGAGAGUGUAAAUAUAAUCACGGGGGUUGCUACACAUAGACGGACUCGAAGGGGGUCGGAAAGUGACAUGUGCGGUGCUCAACCACGCGGAUGCGUGAAUCCAGCGUUUGUGUACAGUACCCCGCCGAAGGAUAGGAAGCUAACUUUAUCGCCGUCGACCUACUUGAAGCUCCAGUACGGCGCGCUUUUGGACGGGUGCGGUGGGGAGCUGCCUUCGCUCAGUGCGUGCGCCCCCCUCCCGCCGCACCUCGACAAGGCGACACGCCGCCAGCAAAAAGAUGCGCGCGCGCAGCAGGACAAAAUCGCACAAGUUAACAUACAUUUACAGGCACUCUUCGCGGCGGUUGAACAUGGCUAUGUCGAUAAGGCAAGAAACAUCUUGGACUCUACCGAUGUCGAUGUCAACAGCCUCAACCCAGAUGGUUUAUCACCGUUGGACGUCGCGGUGUUGGCUGGAAAUCGACAGCUCGCCAGGAUGCUUAUGGAGUUCGGAGCCAAGGAAGGGACACAAUUCAAAACACCGGAAGCUCUAGGCUCACAUCUACGAAGAUUGUCGCGGGAAGCAGAGUCUCGAUUGCAUGAAGUUACUGGAUAUUUACCUGAAAGAGCGUGUCGAGAAGAUGUUUGCAGAUCAGCGGCUGGUGGUCAGGCUGGUACAAUGGGGUGUGCUGGAGGCACGGGUUCUGAGAAAGAUAAACAAACCCAGCAUUGGGAAAGAAGAGUCAGAACGCUUAAACGCCUAGUCCAAGGGUGGCAGCAGGCCCGAGUUCCAGCGAUAGUAUCAGCUCCGGAUCUGGAAGUAUGUGGCGCACACUCUGUUACUGUCCGUCUGAAGGACCCACGUUCAGCCCAACCAGCAUUACGUGACCCACCUAUUAUUACUAAAUAUAAAGUGGAAUGGUCAUCGCGGGCAGACUUUUCAAACGUCUGUGGCUAUAGAGAGGUGACAGCAUCAGGGGCAAGUUGUACCCGCGUGCUGGUGGCCGGCUUGACACGCGGAAGGCGGUACUUCUUCAGAGCUUCCGGUGGCAAUGUGAAGGGAUGGGGACCUUACACCGUUUCCGUUCCGAGGAGUGUCGUGCCCAGUAGUUGGCAUGAUGUAUCAUCAAGAACUUCGCGCGGUGAGCCGGGUGGAGCGGCUGCUGCUUUAGAAGCUUUAGCAAAUGCCGCCGCCAGCGCCAGACAACGCCCACCAGCUCAACCCCCACGUCUGCCACGGAAGAAAACUGCGACUAUCAGGCAACUGUUCACAGCUGCUAGCAAAUUCCAGAAGAAUUUGAGGAGGGGGGUGUAUUUAGCAUGCAUCAUCUACCAUGAGGACAAGGUGCUUGUCACCAGCGAGGAGUUCUUGCCGGUCAUCGAGGUGGACGAGACAUAUCCCGCCUGUAUAUACACUGAUUUCCAUUGGCUUAUGAAGGUAUCGUGUUCCUGGGACGAAGUAAAGGGAUUAAGAUCAGAUAUGGAGAAGCACACUUCUUCGUCCAUACAUUUCCGUCUUAAACUUCUGACUGCGGCAGCGCAGAUGCAAUCUGCCCUAUGUAUACAGGAUUUAGGCCAACUGUACCACAAGCCCCUUCGAGAUGCACAUGGCACAGUAGUGUUAUCUUGCGUGAACAUGAUCAAGUCGCCAAAAUCAGUUUCUGCAUUGAACUCAAGAUGGGUGCCAGUCUCCAAACUGAGGCGAAGAGUGCUGAGUGAGGACAACACUAUGGGGGAACUGCUCAUGGCGUCUGUGCAUGAACAGAUUGCUUAUCAUCAAGUAUCCAGAUACCAAUUACCUCGAGGGCUAUACAUGGGCUAUCUAAAACUACAAUCAUCAGUAGAAGUUGUGAGAAUAGUAGCUCCGGCGCGAACUCCUAAUGUUCCUCCUCAUACUCGUAUUCGAGAUAAUCCACAUGUUUCUGCUGAAGAAUGGGAGUACCUAAAAUCUCAAUCCGGAAAAACAGACGAAGUUCAAUCUAUGAACAAUAUGGUAGCAAUUGGCACAAGCGAGAAACCUUCAGAAUCUCAAGAGAUGUUCCUUGAACAGAUCGCCUCAGCUUCACGACGACUCUUCAAAGAGAUGGAGAUACCCGACGAAAGCGUAAUCACCCACCGAAUAUACGAUCUCGAAGUUAUAGAACUGAAUAAUGACGUUAGCUUUGUCAUGAUUUGUCCACCCGCCGAGCAAGCUUGUUCCGUACCAGGACAAAAAGAAAUCUUACUGCAAAAAGGCGAUCUCCUUAGCCUCCCCAUACAAGCUUUUGAAAUGAUUCACCUCCAAACCUACCAUACAAAUAUUUUAAACAAAUACUCAAAGUUAAGUUGUGUGUUAGAAUUAGAUGUAGCUUUAGCCGCCCAUUCUCAAAGGGAAGCGUUCUCGUGUACAGAAUUGCAAACAGCAAAAGAGAGACUUACGAAACUAGAAGAUCUUCAAAAUAAUUUGAACUUAGUGUGGAAGGCAGAGCGUUGGUUGAUGGACUUAAUUGUCUUCGCAAGAGACAAGGACAAGUCCGGCCCAAGUUCAGGAAUAUUGCUCAAAUAUGUGUUAGACAAAACGCCGUCCAAUUGCGUUGAUGGGACUGAUAGUGCAAAUUGUGAGAAAGACUCCAAUUUGAAAAUAGAUUUGCUCCAAAUUCCUCCACGUGAUGGCAAAAUUACUAAAACAUCUCCAGGAAGAGGAUCUUGGCCAGGUCCAGCUGGUAACGGCAACCAUGCAAACUUGCAUCCUGAAUUCAGCAAAUCCGAGCAACAGCUGAGUUUAGCACCGCGCCAGACAUCGGUAUCUACGUUAAAUUUAAGUGGAUUUCAAUAUCUUACAUCGGAUCCAAAAUAUGCUAGAAAAGGCAGCGCUGAUUCCCAAUAUACCCAAUCGAGUCUAAUGAGCAAUAACUAUAUGAGUAGUAACUCACAAUUUGAUAUUAAAUCUACUGGAUCUCACAUUAGUAUUAACAGCAGCUGUAGUCGUCUUCCGCCAUCACGGAGUGAAGAUACUUUAGUGAUCCAGAACGAAAAUGUCGAACCAAAACCUCGACCGCACAGUAUUAACACCAGUGUGUCUACCUCAUCGAGCCCGCUUCUAACAGUUAAAGGAUUUUAUCCCGGAAGUAUGAUAAGUGUGAAAACUAUAAAAGCAAACGUAUCGGAAUCGGUUCAGAGUUUGUCCAGUGAUUCUGAAAGCCAAAGCUGUCCGAUAACCACGGCUGUUCCUUUAAAAAUCCGUCCGCAAUACACACAUCACAGGGCUCAGUGUGCUGUUAUAUCCUCGAAAAGUAUGACGAACGUGAAAACGUCUGAAGUAGAUUUCACAGAUACUGGUCAAGAUUUGUUUAAAAAUGGGCACAGUGUUAAACGACAACCGUUACUGGAAGCGCAAGAGGAUACUGAUUAUAAUAAUAAGAUUCCAAAGACUGAUGAAAGACAGAGUGAUAGUGAGGAACGCGGUGUCAAACUGCCAUCAGAGCAACGACAAACUGAUCAAGCGGGUAUUUUACAGGUCUUUGCAGCUUACGAGACGGGUCUAGCUGCCGGUACAUCACUAAAAUUACACGUAACUCCGCGCACCUCAGCCCGCGAAGUCAUUGACCUUGUUGUCAAACAGCUUAAUAUGGCUGCCGUCCUAAAAGGAAAAGCCGGUCCAGUUUACGGACCAGAAAAGCUUCAAGAUUUCUGCUUAGUAGCAGUCAUAGGAGCUAGAGAAAGAUGCCUAAGAGAUGAUUUCAGACCGCUCCAGUUGCAAAAUCCCUGGAGGAAAGGUCGCUUGUACGUCAGGCUUAAGCAUGAUGUGCUAGCGGCUCUUCAGCAUUCUGCCAAACAACCAGCAUAUAUUUAAAAUUAGAACAAUUUAUUUUUAAGUUAGAAAAUAUUAAAGAAUAGAUCUAUAUUAAUAAAUUGAAAUAUUAUUAUCUUUUCGUAUUGAGGUCCAUUAUCUCAGAGUAUAGUUAUUGGGAGUCCUAGAUGCUGACGAAUAAUUUUAUUUUUCGGUGCCAAUUAUUAUUUUUGAUGCUUUAAAUAAUUAAGUAUUAUACAUAUAAGUGAAAGUUGUGAGUAACUAUAGGAGAUAUACGAUGUACUCCAGGAUGUAUGGUGCUUCUCACUGUAAAAAACAGCGUUUAAUGAAAUUGCAUGCAUAUUAUUACAACUUAAAACUAUUAGAUACUUAUCAAUAGAAGUUUUAUAGAUAGCUUUUCCUCUCUCUCUCUCUCUCUCUUCGAAGUAAUUGUUUAUUCUGAUAUAACUACGUCACUUACCGAAUCUAAAAGAUAUGUUGAUUUGAAAGGGAUCUAAAUAGAAUAAUGAUUCCAAAGGGUGUAUAAUUUUUUACACAAUUUCCUGUUUCACGAUUAAAAUACUAUUUUCACAGCAAAUGUGUUUGUUUUAGUGUGUAUACAAUACAUGCUUGAUUAUUUAUAGCUGUAAACCUCUAUUACGUACUGUAUUAUUAUUAUUAUUAAACAUCUAA